AUGAAAAAGAAUUCAGUAAUAUUAUAUUUCAUAAUUUUUAUCUUUGGUCGAAUUUUAUCAGUAAGUGCUAUACAAAGAAAGAAUUUAAAAAGGAAUUUAAAAAAUGGAAAUAAAAAUAAUGAAGAUUUACAUAUAGAGGAGUAUUUAAUGAAUUUUGAAAUUAUGAAAGAUAAAAGUAAUAUAUCAUAUAUGCAAUUAGAUUCAUCAACAUUUUUUAACAUCUUAGCAUCAACUAGCUUAAUGAGAAAUUCCGGUGGGGCCAUGUCGCAACCACCCAUUUAUAGAUAUGUACCAAACAUUCAUGACAAUGAUGAAAAUAUUGGAGCUCGUUUAGUUUUUUUUCUAUUUAUAAUAUUUAUUUUUUUUGUUGUAUUCUUUAUUUUUUAUUUUAUUUUCAAACAUCAUGUAAAACACGUAAAAUUUAUGAACAGUUAA